CGACGCGUUUCACAGCACUGCAUAUGUUGCGCGAAUAUUCACGAAUUUUUUGACAAUUUGCGUUUUGUUCCUUCUGUUUUACGGAAAUUCUAUAAAAUGCCCAAAACAAAGAAGAAGGAUUCGUCUUCAGAUAGUGAUAGCGGUCCAGAUGAUCGAAUCAAGCCGGCAAGCAAGAAGGCGAAGGAAUCGGAUGCUCCAAAGUCAGAUCCCAAUGAUUCGGGCGAAAAUGGUGCUACCACUUGGACCCUGGAAGGUCUUCGCCAGGUGCGAAUCAACGAGUUCCGCGGACGCAAAUCGGUGGACAUUCGAGAGUUCUACGAUAAGGGCGGCAAAAUUCUUCCCGGCAAGAAGGGCAUUUCCCUAUCUUUAAUUCAAUGGAAGAAACUCCUUGAAGUGGCUGAAGAAGUCACCCGCGCGAUCGAGAAUUAAUUAAAGUUCAUCCACAUGCCAAACUAAGUCGUAGCCAUAUGUACUAACUAUAGACAUAUUCACUGCAUAAACGUUAUCUUAAACACUAGAAAUUGAAAAUCUAUAUUUUCACAGUUGUUGAAGCAUUAAUGAAUGACCAACUUAAUUGCCUAA